CGCCUCUCCUAGACCCAGCGUGGAUAUCGCGGUCUUCGAUGAACACGACAUGGACACCUUCCCCCACCCCGCAGAAAAAGGCACCCUUCGUGCAUUUAACAGCUCCGCGCUCGAGCUGUCUGAAGCCCACUCCGCCUCAUCCCUCGAGCUCCCACACACCCUCACCAGCGAGCGCAUCCGGCGCCGGUCCGAGCUCUCGCGCUUCCGGCCUCUCGACUCCCCACCUGCAAUCGAGCCCGAGUCCAUCGAACUCCCAGUCAUCCAAGAAUACUCGGAGUCCGGUGGGAAGAAGCUUGACUUCCGGGAGACCGCGAUUCCGAGCAGGGACAACGACGUAGAGAUCGCACCGAGCUUCCCGAGCUCGCUCGCGCCGUCAAUCCGGCUGGAUGAAGACACGGACUCCACAGCGCCCGCGAUCUCGGCCGCGCAGAAGGCGGUCUACCGGCGGAAGCACGCGAUUCACUUCGCGACGCUCUGCUUCACGAUCUUCUUGAACGGCUGGAACGACGGCACCACGGGCCCGCUGCUUCCUCGGAUUCAAUCUUACUACCAUCUCGGCUACGCUAUGGUGUCGCUUCUGUUCAUUUUCAACACCAUCGGGUAUCUUUCUGGUGCGAUCGCGAAUGUGUGGCUGACCGACAAGCUUGGCUUUGGAAAGGUUUUGCUGCUCGGUUCCGUGCUGCAGAUCUGCGCAUAUGCGAUCAUGAUCCCCGGUGGUCCCUUCGAGCUCAUGUGUCUCUCGUUCGUGAUCAUCGGCUUCGGGCUGUCGCUGCAGAACUCGCACGCGAAUGGCUUCGUGGCGAGCGGGCGCAACCAUGUCUCGACCAAGAUCUGUCUCCUGCAUGCGAGCUAUGGCUUUGGGGCGCUCGUGGCGCCGCUAAUCUCGACGCAGUUCGCCGAGCAGAAGCACUGGUCGUUCCACUACAUGAUCUCGUGUGCCCUGUAUAUCCUCAACACGACCAUGAUUUGGUUCGUCUUCCGUGGCAGGCGGCAGGACGAGAUCAAGGCGGAGGUGGACGACCUGACCAUCGAUCCGAACGCGGUUGACUCGAACAAGUACAAGCAGAUCUUCGGCAUCCGCGAGGUGCACUUCCUCUCCGUUUUCGCACUCAUCUACGUUGGCACGGAGGUCACCAUUGGCAGCUGGAGUGUCUCGUACGUUCAAGAGAAGCGUCACGGUACGGCGAAUUCGGGGUACAUCUCGUCCGGCUUCUUUGGCGGGCUUAUGCUCGGUCGCAUCGUGCUCAUGUGGCUGAACCGCAAGAUCGGGGAACGUCGCGCACUCUUCCUCUACGCGCUACUCGCCAUCCAACUCGAAGUGACCGUCUGGGUCGUGCCCUCGCUGAUCGAGAACGCGAUCGCCGUCGCCUUCGUCGGGCUCCUAUUGGGGCCGAUGUACCCCAUCCUCGUCAACCACAGCACGAAGAUUCUGCCGCGCUGGCUGCUCACCGGGUGCAUGGGCUACAUUGCGGGUGUCGGCCAGGCGGGAUCUGCCGUGCUGCCUUUCAUCACCGGUCUUCUCGCGUCCCGCUUCGGCAUUGCGAGUCUUCAGCCGUUUAUCGUGUCGAUGAUGUCCACGAUGAUCGUCAUCUGGGCGUUGAUUCCGCGCGUUCGCCAAGUCCCCACUUAAACAACCAUUGCCGUCUUUGAAAGUCGCUGUUCCAUUGGGUCCUGAGGGAUGCAUAUGGCAUCCAGUUCACCACCGUAGAUCUCCUGCUCGCUUUCGGCACACACGUCUUUCUUACUAGAAUUCCUCUGCUUCAGUUCACCGAUGCCUUUCUGCUACCUUGAAAAUGCUCU